CCUAGUUUCUUUGUUCUCUCCAUCAAGAUGAAUUGUUAUGAUCUUCAGCAGAGAGUCUUUGUAGCUUGUGAAGAGAAGAGAGGUUCUCUUACCAUUUCCGAUCAAAAGGAGCCCCUCAUUUGCCCUAAGCCACUUCGAGUUGGAGUUAUAUUGGAAAAACACAUGGAAAUGUUUGCUAAUCAAGUAGAUUCAUCUCCUCCGUUUUUUUGCGUGUCUCCACCGAUUCGAACAUCAAAUCCCUUGGUUAAGGAUGCUCGAUUCAGAGAUGAUAUUUCGUCAUCAUUAGGUUUUGCAUUUUCAACUUCUGUAUCUUGCAAAAGCGAACGCGUCAGAAUGAGUUUUGGACUUAAACCGGCUCCAAUUAGAGUAGAAGGAUUUGAUUGCAUCGGUAUGGAUCGCCAGAAUUCGAGCAUCUCUACUUUCGCUUAAAUGUUUCAUUCAAAUAAAUAUGUAUAUCGGCGGAGGUAGAAUGCGAUAACUUAUUAUAAAGAAAAAUAAUUUAAGUAGAUUGAAAAAAAUAUCUUUUAAGUUAGUUUAAGGUUAUAAUGUUGGAAGAAACAAAACUUGUUUUUGAGAAGGUUGGAUAGUGUUAAUUAUGUUUUAUUUAAGUGUUAUUUAAAUUUUCUAAGAAAGUCGG